AGAGGGGUCCCACGGAGCCGCUGCCUCCCCGGGGCUCCCCCCGGCUGGGUCCCGUGCUCUGGGACAGCCCGGGUCUCAACCCCUUCGGUGCCAGCUCAGCGCUGCAGAACUCUCCGACUCUCCCCAAGGGCUCUUACCAGUUUGACCCCGAUAACUUUGACUCCGUGGAUCCCUUUAAGCCCACCAAGACCCUCGCCAGCUCCGCUGCCGACUCCUGCCCCACUGCCGAUAACAGCCUCAAUGAAAUCCUCGAGUCUCAGACGCUGGAGGUGCAGGAUGAUCUCGUGCAAGGCAGAGACUCCCCGAAGAAGCCCAAAUCGCGCCUGAUAACGAGCGGCUGCAAGGUGAAGCAAUACGAGACGCAGUCCCUGGUCCUGGAUGUUUGCGCUCAGGAUGAAGAAGCGUUGAUCUCAGAAAUCCCAGAUAUUGCAAAUCGGGAUGGACAUGCCACUGAUGAGGAGAAGCUGGCCUCCACCACCUCCACAUUGAAACCAGCUGGGCUGGAGAAGAAGGGUGAGCUAGAAGAUGACCUGGAGUACUUCGAGUGCUCGAACGUUCCCGUGCCGGCGGCGAAGCACGGCAUGGAGGCAGGCUUCGAAAAGGAGAUCUCCAAGCAGAUGGAAAAGGAUGGGCCUGGCAUCUUCCCCGGCAAUCCCGGGCUGUGCUCCAUGGACAAGUCCCCCGCGGCCAUCACCAGCAGGAGCGAGAGUCCCCUGGACGGCAUCUGCCUCAGUGAAUCCGAGAAGACGGCUGUGCUCACGCUCAUCAGAGAGGAGAUAAUCACAAAGGAGAUCGAAGCAAACGAGUGGAAGAAGAAAUAUGAAGAGAGCCACCAGGAAGUCAUAGAGAUGAGGAAAAUCGUGGCUGAGUAUGAGAAGACCAUUGCCCAGAUGAUAGAGGAUGAGCAGAGGACAAACAUGACGUCUCAGAAGAACCUGCAGCAGCUCACGAUGGAAAAGGACCAGGCUCUGGCAGACCUCAACUCGGUGGAGAGGUCCCUGUCAGAUCUCUUCCGGAGAUAUGAAAACCUGAAGGGUGUCCUAGAAGGCUUUAAGAAGAAUGAAGAAGCUCUGAAGAAGUGUGCUCAAGAUUAUUUAACCCGGGUCAAGCAAGAAGAGCAGCGGUAUCAGGCCCUGAAAGUCCAUGCAGAAGAAAAAUUAGACAAAGCCAACGAGGAGAUCGCCCAGGUGCGCACAAAGGCCAAAGCGGAGAGCGCGGCAUUGCACGCCGGGCUGCGCAAGGAGCAGAUGAAGGUGGAGUCCCUGGAGAGAGCCCUCCAGCAGAAG